AUGUCCGCGCAUCCGCGGUACCGAGACGACGACCGCGAUCGCGCGCGCGCGCGCGGUGGCGACGACGAUCGCGAUCGCGCGCGCGACGACCGACGACCGCGAUUCGGUGCCACGGAUGACGGCGACCGCGGGCGCGCGGGCGACGGACGCGAUCGCCCGCCGCGGGUCGAACGGUUCGACCCGGAGGCGGAUUGGCGAUGUGGACAAGAUUUGAUCGAGCGCGAACGCGAGGCGCAGCACGGAUGGCUCCUGGACGGGCUGGAGGACACGACGAAUCGCAUCUUCAUCAAAGGGUUCGACGCGGUGAGCACGAGCGAGGAUGAUUUGAGAGAGCUCUUCUCGGGGAUCGGAAUCAUCUCGAGGGUGAAACAGCGCACGGGGUUUCCCGACCAGUGGCCGUACGCCGUGAAGAUUUACCGCGACGAGCGAGGGGAGAAGAAAGACGAAGCGGUGAUCACGUACGAUGACCCGCACGCGGCGCAGUCAGCGCCGGAAUUUUACAAUGGGUACGAGCACAACGGCAAAAAGUUGCACGUUUCAAUGGCUCAGAGCAAACCGAAAGCGCCGCCGCCUUCACAAGGUGAUAACGAUCGUGGCCACGGUGGACGGGGCGGUGACGACAGAGACAGAGGAGGAUACGGAGACCGAGGCGGUCGCGGAGGCGGGUACGGCGAUCGCGGAGGGUACGGCGAUCGGGACCGCGGAGGGUACGGCGAUCGGGACCGCGGAGGGUACGGCGAUCGGGACCGCGGAGGGUACGGCGACCGAGGGAGAGAGCGCGGUAGGUUCGGAGACCGAGAUCGCGGAGGACAUCGUCCGUACUAA